GAAACCCCGCCCUCUUCUCAGAGCACAGGCACUUGCGGUGCGUGCGUGAAUCUACUCUGCCGCGAGGACAGCAGAAGUUUCUUUGGACGAACCGUUCACCGGAUUCUCAAAUGAAUAGGUUUGUAGCCAUUAACGGAGCCUUUUUGUGAAGACGCCGAGGAUACAUUACCUGCGUUUUCCUCAAAGCCUUGCAAAAUGAAGCUUUGGAGUUUUGUGUUACCUGUUGUUUUGUAUGCAGUGUCUGCACAAGCGGGAUCAAAUUUGCAGGAGCCCUGUGCGGGCCGGGACUGCAGAGGAGCGUGUCCAUGUUUGCCCUUAAAGGGUAGCAGGGGGCGACCGGGGGAACAUGGGAACCUGGGCAUCAGUGGUCCUGAGGGUUUCAUUGGGGGCCCGGGGCCAGUUGGGCCCAAAGGAGAAAAGGGCCAUGUAGGACGCAAAGGGCCGCCUGGACUAAAUGGAGAUAAGGGCCCAAUGGGUGUUCCUGGGUUUUCUGGAAAUGAUGGUGUUCCUGGACACCCUGGUCAACUGGGGCCCCAGGGACCCCCAGGUCUCGACGGCUGUAACGGUACACGAGGGGACACAGGUGACAGAGCCCGUGAUGGUUUUCCUGGUAAUCCUGGAGUUCCUGGAUACGCUGGUCAAAAAGGUCAAAAAGGAGAACCGUAUUAUAUAACUAUUCCAAGACCACAAUUUUUCACCGACGGCCCUCCAGGUCCAGCAGGACUUGCAGGUCCAAUGGGUCCCCAAGGUCCAGAUGGAUAUCCUGGUCUACCUGGUCCACCUGGUCCUCCUGGACCUCCAGGAAGUCGAGGUCAAGGAUACAAAGGGGAGCCAGGAGAAAAGGGGGAAGUUGGUCUACCGGGACCCAGGGGCAAUCCGGCCGUUCAGUUUAACGCACCAGCAAUAAGCACUAUCAACAAAGGAGAGAAGGGUGAGAAAGGCUUUGCCGGUAAUCCAGGUUUUCCUGGGACACCAGGACCACCAGGCCCCGGUGGUUUUAGAGGUGAGACUGGCGAAAAGGGAAUCCUGGGCUUGCCAGGCUCGAGGGGUGCACCUGGUCUGAAUGGUCCUCCUGGGCUCCUAGGAAGAAAAGGCUUCAUUGGGGAUUCAGGUUUUACAGGCCAACCAGGCUUUACUGGCCCAAAAGGUGACAGAGGAGACCCAGGUCCACCUGGACCGAUUUUUGGACCAGCAGAUGGAAUUAAAGGUCCUCAAGGGGAUCCCGGCUUUCCUGGUUAUCCGGGGCUAACUGGAGAUACAGGUUUUCCAGGUUUUCCUGGUCAGCCUGGUCCUCCUGGUGCGCCUGGUUUUAACACAGGUCGUCCUGGCAACCCUGGGUUCCCUGGUAGUCGUGGACCCAAAGGACAGAGGGGAAACCCAGGUCGGGAUUCUUAUGGAGCUGAAGGUCGUCCUGGAAAUCAGGGCCUUUCUGGAGUUCCUGGUCUCCCUGGACCACCGGGAAGUUCAUUAAACUCGCUCUCUCCCGCAAUAACUGGUUUUCCCGGGCGGCCUGGUCCAAGAGGACCUGCUGGAGAAAGAGGCUAUGAAGGGUUUAAAGGUGAAAAUGGUGACUGCAACUGUUUGGGUGGAGGAACGACGGGUGCACAGGGACGUCAAGGGCCUCCAGGGCCCUCAGGUCCCCGUGGAGUUAAUGGUGUGAAGGGAGAAUUUGGUGACCAAGGUUUCCCAGGAUCCCGUGGACCACAGGGUCUUGAUGGUCGUGUGGGGGACAGAGGCUUUGAUGGGCGUAAAGGAGAGAAAGGUAAUUCUUUCUUUCCCCAAGGUAGAGGACAAAAAGGUGAUUUGGGUCAACAGGGUCUUUCUGGGCCACCUGGAGCAACCGGCAACCCCGGAAGGGAUGGAUCUCCUGGCUUCCCUGGAAAACCAGGUCCACCUGGGGACUCUGGUUUUGGGGUGACUGGAGAUAAAGGUUUUCCUGGUAUCCCAGGAUCCAAAGGUCGGCCUGGUUCCAGUGGCGAUCCUGGUAUUGGCUAUCCUGGUGUAGCUGGGAUCAAAGGGUCACAAGGUGAUCCUGGAUUCAAUGGUCUUCCUGGAACACCUGGACUUCCAGGUUCUCCAGGUGACAGCUGUGGGCAGGCGGGGCUUAAUGAUGCCUCUUUGGAACAGGGAGGAACACCACUGCCCUGUAGGAUUCCUGGUGAACAAGGAGACCCAGGAUUCUCCGGACGUCCUGGGGUGCCAGGGUCAAAGGGUCAGCCUGGUUCCCCAGGAGCAAGUGGGCGCCCAGGGUUUGAUGGGCCUAAAGGUGAGAGAGGAGAUCCAGGUUCUGGAGGUCAACCAGGACCUCAGGGUUUCCCGGGAAUCAGAGGAGAUGCAGGUUUACCAGGAACAACAAAUACUGGCUUACCAGGAUCUCCAGGAAGAAAUGGUUUUCCGGGUGUGCCAGGAGCUAAGGGAGAACCUGGUGUGGUGCUUGGGGCCAGCCCUGGAGGUCCAGGAUUUCCAGGGAGACCAGGAGAGCCAGGAGACAAGGGUCCGCCUGGGACACCUGGUUUACCUGGGAGGCCUGGUAAUGAUGGACGCAGUGGUUUUCCUGGUGUAAAGGGUGAGCGAGGUUUGGAUGGAAAUCCUGGUCCAGUAGGUCCCAUAGGUCCACCAGGAGAAAUCCCUCCCGGGGGUAUCCCUGGUCCCAGAGGUCCAGCUGGAGCUAAAGGAUUUAAUGGACCUCCAGGCUGCCAAGGUUUCCCUGGGCUGAAGGGUGUGAGAGGAGAUCCGGGGUUUCCAGGGCCUGGUGGAAUAAAGGGUAUACCAGGAAUUCCUGGUAUCCUAGGGCAACCGGGAAUUAGGGGACCUCCUGGACCCCUUGGCAUUGGAGCACGUCCAGGCAUACCAGGAAGACCAGGAAUAAAGGGGGUGAAGGGGUCUUUUGGGGUGUCGGGGUUCCAAGGAUUACCUGGUUCUUCUGGAGUCCCAGGUGGGCCAGGUGUUAAAGGUUUACCUGGUUUCACUGGGCAGGAUGGCUUUCCUGGGGAAAUUGGAUCAACAGGACCCAAAGGGGAUCGUGGUGAGUCUGGUCUUCCAGGUCCCCCUUCUCCUGUGUUGCCAGCAGAGCUGCUGGAAAAUGGUGAAAUAGGUGACCCAGGAGCUAAUGGACUGCCUGGUUUCCCAGGACCAAGAGGUGACAAGGGUUUUUCAGGGCGACCUGGACGUGAAGGCUUUCCUGGAUCACCUGGUGUUGCAAACCAAGUAAAAGGUUUUCCUGGCCAGCCUGGAAACCCAGGUAUUCCAGGUUCCCCAGGCUUCCCUGGGUCUAAAGGUUCUCCUGGAGUUAUGGGCUUCCCUGGCACAACAGGCCUGAGGGGUGAUGAUGGUUUUCCUGGGGUUCAAGGGUUCCCGGGCACUGCAGGACAACCUGGUGGCAAAGGUGAGAAAGGUGACUCGUAUACAUCAUCUGGACCCCCUGGACCAAAGGGUGCGGUUGGAAAUCCUGGAUUCCCAGGUGGUCCAGGAUUUCCUGGUGAACCAGGUGAUUCAGGUUUCCCAGGAGUCGUAGGAUUUCAAGGCCAGAAAGGAUUACCUGGAGAGCCAGGAGCACCAGGAUUCGCUGGAUCACCAGGCCUCGCAGGCAUUAGGGGGCUUCCUGGUUAUCCAGGACUAAAGGGGCGUGAUGGAGAUGCAGGCCGUCCUGGAACUCCAGGCUCACCAGGAGAAAAAGGUUUUCCAGGCUCACCUGGCUUAGAUGGACUCAAUGGUCUUCCAGGAUCCAAGGGGCCACGUGGAGUUCCAGGCGUGAUUGAAGGUGGUCGGCCUGGAGCUCCUGGUGUGAAUGGCCGGAAGGGAGAGAGAGGCACAUCACAACCGGGUGGACCUGGUCGCCCUGGAGAGAAAGGAAUCAAAGGAGACACUGGUCCUUCUGGUUUUAGAGGCUACCCUGGUAAUCCUGGCCCCCCUGGGCCACCCAGUCCUUCUAAUAUCCCAGGUCCUCCUGGAGACCCUGGACUUCCGGGAUUAGAUGGACGAGAAGGUCCCUUUGGCCCUCCUGGCCUGCCUGGACCACCAGGCCCUGGAACAGUCCAAGGAGACAGAGGAAAUCCUGGAUUUCAAGGGCGACCAGGAAUACCAGGACCACGUGGAGACCCUGGUACUUUUGGAGCCCCUGGAUUACCAGGCAACCCUGGUUUUAAAGGGCAAAGAGGUGACCCUGGCUUUAAUGGUGUACCUGGACAACCAGGGUUCCCGGGAGAUCCAGGAAAUAAUGGCAGAGAUGGACCCAACGGAUUAAGUGGCGAGUCUGGUGCUAAGGGAGAACCAGGUUCUGUUUUUUACCCACCUAAUAGAAACCAAAUAAUAUUUGGGGAUCCAGGCCCACCAGGUCUUGAUGGGUUUUUGGGUCUGGUGGGAAUACCAGGCCUGCCAGGCACUCCAGGGUUCCCAGGUCCUAAGGGCCUCAGAGGGCCAGUGGGUAGACCCGGUCCAGUUGGUCCAGCUGGAUCUCCAGGAACUCUUGGAGACUCUGGAACUCCAGGAACCCAAGGACCCACUGGAUACCAAGGACCCCCCGGCAAGCCAGGGUUGCCAGGUCUUCCUGCUCAACCGGUGCGCAGUAGUGGUAUUGGUUAUACUUUGGUGAAACACAGUCAAUCCAGCCAGAUGCCCAUGUGUCCUCAGGGCAUGACCAAGCUAUGGGAUGGAUUCAGUUUGCUGUAUGUUGAGGGGCAGGAGAAAUCACACAACCAGGACCUGGGAUUGCCCGGCUCAUGUCUGCCACAUUUCAGCACCAUCCCCUUCCUGUACUGCACAGUCAAUGAAAUCUGCCACUACGCUAGCCGGAAUGACAAAUCCUAUUGGCUGUCGACCUCUGCGCCCAUUCCCAUGAUGCCUGUGGAAGAUCAGCAGAUAUCUCAGUACAUUAGCCGCUGCUCAGUGUGUGAGGCUCCAUCUCAAGCAAUCGCUGUCCACAGCCAAGAUCUCAGCAUACCGACCUGCCCUCAGGGCUGGAGAAGUCUGUGGAUUGGUUACUCCUUCCUUAUGCACACGGCCGCAGGUGCAGGAGGAGGCGGUCAGUCAUUGGUGUCUCCCGGUUCUUGUCUUGAGGAUUUCCGCUCCACUCCCUUCAUCGAGUGCAAUGGUGCCCGCGGAACCUGCCACUACUUUGUCAACAAGUACAGUUUCUGGUUGACCACGGUAGAGCAGAGCACACAGUUCGUCCAGGGUCCUACCCAGGAGACGCUGAAGGGAGAUCUGUACCGCUCACGCAUCAGUCGCUGUCAAGUCUGCAUGAAGAUUUUGUAGCUUGUGUAGAUCCAUAGCAGGAGACUUUAACUAAAAGAAUGGAAGAUGAGCUGAGAUGAGUAGAAGACACGUCAACUGACUGAUUUGAUUUCAUGCCCUUGACAGUGGUAAUAUGAAGGGCUGUGGUGUGGCCCACAGGUAAAUUUGGUCGGUAAAUUUGGAGAAUAUCGGGGUUGGAAUGAAAAGAAAUGGAGAAAGAGAUUUGUACUCUUUAUGUUUAUUAUCAACACUGGUGCUAUGUUGAAAAUAUGAUGUUGUAUUUUUGUGUUAAAGCCUUUUCCUUAAGUUUUUAGUCAUAUUCACGGCUACCUCAGAGAGUGCAUCCUAGACUCCCAGUGGAUGGCACGGAAUAAUACACCCUUUAUUUUUUAGAUGAAGCCAUGCAGCGAUAAAAACGAUGCUUAUGGAUAUGUCCAUAUAUCCAUGUCUUAUGGAUAAUAUGUUUUGGCUUCAGUAGUCUAUAUUGGUGUUUUCUUGACAAUAAUGUUAACCAGAUUUUCUUGUUUACCAUUCGGCAAUAACGGACAAACCAGCACUUUGCAAUCUACGUGAACAAGUAAGAUUGUGCCUCAUGGUUGUCACUUGAAAUGAUUGGUCUAACCCCUUAAAUAUCCUAUAUGAAUUGCACUGAAGUUAAAAAAUAUGUUCUUGUUUUACAAGAUCGCAUGCAGCUGAUCUAAAUUCAUCUAGUUCACCUUGUGUGCUCAAUGAUUCUUCUAUUAUUUUAUUGAUUAGAAUAUUCAGACAUUCCUCAAACAUAAAUGAUUUGGAUGAUUAAUACAUUACAGAUCAUCUCUUGGUCUUUUAAGGUAUAGGUUUUCAUACUCUAUAAUUCACACCAAAAAUGUGUGUAAUAUGUUUUAUACUCGUAAUGUCAUUUUUAAUUUUAAAAUAUCUAAUUUACUGUGUGCAUUGGAGGUGAUAAAUAGACUAAUUUUGAGUUACCCAGUCUCUCAGAGAGAUUGGUUGAAACAUAACCACUAUGACCACUUAGCCUUUCAGUCUCUCACUGGUAGCCCUGAGUAUACAUUUUCUUUCUUUGUGUUACAUUUCAUUAUGUGUCUAUAAGUUGAUUUAUUCCUUUCAUCCUCUUGAUGAAAGACAUACAUUAAAUUGAUUGUACAUUUAACAAUAGAGAAAGAUUUAACAAUAUUUCCACAUUCAUGUUUUUUUCUGAAAUAAAAUGAUGUACAUUUGUGAAGAUUGGCCAUCACAGGUGGGCAAUUUGCUUUAUUAUACUUUUAACACUGUGAGACUAAAAAAAAGAGAUGUAUCAUAUUAGAACCCACAGUAAACAUUUAUUUUAAUGAAUUCAGACGGUAAAUAUGAGAUGAUGAUAUUUUCCAGAAUUUCAUAUAGUAAUGUAAAUGUUUAAUCUGAAUGCUCACAGUGAGUACAGUAUACAUAUGAAACCUGUCAAAUAAAAGUAUUCAAACUUCUAAA